AUGACAACCACGAUUGCAGACGCCGCAGGAGCGUCCGCGCAAGCGGCACCCCGCGUGCCCAUUCCCGCCAAAGGUGUCGACUACCGCAACAAAAUCGUCCUCGCCCCAAUGGUUCGCAGCGGCGAGCUGCCCUCCCGCCUUCUGGCCCUGAAAUACGGCGCUGAUCUCGUCUGGGGCCCUGAGACAAUCGACCGCGCAAUGAUCGGCGCCACACGCAAGAUCAACCCCCGUAACGGCCUGGUUGAAUUCACCCGCCUGCCAUCCAACGGCGGUCGUACCAACGCCGCAGUCAAAGAAUCCACUAUCUACCGCAUCGACCCGAAUCGCGAGAAGGGAAAAUUGAUCUACCAAAUUGGAACUGCAAACCCGGAAUUGGCUGUUCAGGCUGCGAAAAUGGUGGCGGCAGACGUGGAUGGAAUCGACGUCAACUCAGGCUGCCCCAAGCCAUUCUCUACGUCGGGUGGAAUGGGCGCGGCCUUGCUUCGCACACCGGAUCUUCUCUGCUCUAUCCUCGAAGCUCUCGUCAAGGAGGUCGGCGAACCGUUCCAGAUUGGUAUCUCGGUCAAGAUCCGUAUUCUUGCCGACCCGCAAGACACAGAAGCCCUUGUCACCCGUCUCGUCAGGACAGGUAUCACAGGACUGACAGUCCACUGCCGCACAACUCCGAUGCGUCCUCGCGAGCGCGCAAUUCGGGACCAGCUGAGCAUGGUAGCACGGAUCUGCCAUGAAGCCGGUGUUGCGUGUCUCAUGAACGGAGAUGUCACGUCCCGGGACCAUGGACUUGAACUGAUGUCUGAGUUCGGAGUGGAUGGUGCGAUGAUCGCCACAUCUGGUGAAGCGAACUCAUCCUGUUUCCGCUCUCAGGCAGAUGGCGGUCUGGCUCCUUGGAGAGAUGUCGUUUACGAAUAUAUGCGCUUUUGCAUCGACUGCGAGAACAGACUUGGCAACACCAAAUACCUGCUCAACAUGCUGAUUCCCGGCAAGGCCAAGGAGUUCAAUCAGGCUAAGGUGGCUAAAUCAUACCUUGAUGUUUGCCGAUUCCUGAAAUUCGAGGAUCUCUAUUCUCAGGCUGCUGCCGUUGAUGUGAUCCUGGGUCUCGAUGACAAAUGGACGAGCCCACUUGACGGGGAGGCGCCGAGCCAAUCCGAUACCAAGCCCGAUUCCAAAUCCGAGGCUGUCAAGAAUGCGAUGACUUCCGAAUCUGCACGCGCCGCUGGAGGGGGCGCUGCCCGGAAAAAGACUCCCUCCCCUGCUGUCCACAGCGGAGGUCCCGUCCGUCGCACUUCUACUCCUAAGCCCAAGACUGCUGAGGCCAGUGCUGAUCAGCCUAUUGCUGAGUCGCCUGCUCCUGCUUCGGAGACACAGCCUCAGGUUCAGCCCCAGGCAGUUUAA